AUGCUUUCUGCAAACUUCAGGGGGGACCUCCGAAAGACGGACUGGCGCAAGUGGAAGCAAGAAAAAAAAGAAGAGAAGAAAAAAUGGAAGGAAUUGAAGCUGUUGAGAAAACUAGAGAAGAAGAGGAUGCAGGAGGUUGUGGAAAAGCAGAAAGAAGAGGCAAAACCGAAGGAAAACAAAGGCCGUCCUUACACGAUCAGCGUGGCCCUCCCGGGUUCGAUCCUGAGCAACGCCCAGUCGCCGGAGUUGCGCACGUACCUCGCCGGGCAGAUCGCCCGGGCCUGCGUCAUUUUCUGCGUGGACGAGAUCGUGGUGUUCGAUGAAGAAGGAGAAGAUUCAAAGACGGUGGAAGGGGAAUUCGAGGGCCUCAAGACAAGGGGCCAAGCUUGCGUCCAGUUGGCCCGGAUCCUGCAGUAUUUGGAGUGUCCCCAAUACCUACGGAAGUCAUUUUUCCCCAAACAUCAAGAUCUCCAGUUUGCAGGGCUGUUGAACCCCUUGGAUAGCCCUCAUCACGUGAGGAUCGACGAGGAAUCGAAAUACCGAGAAGGUGUGGUUUUGGCCCGGCCCACCAAGCCCGGCCGGGGAUCCUUCGUGAACUGUGGAAUGAGGAAGGAGGUUCAGAUCGAUAAACGAUUGGAGCCCGGCCUUCGGGUCACGGUGGAGCUAGACGAAGAACAGCAUCUGGACAGCAAAACCCAGAAGGGCACGGUAGUAUCCUCCCAUCAUCCUCGCACCGUCUCCGGCCUUUACUGGGGCUACACCGUCCGGUUAGCGUCUUGUCUGAGUGCUGUGUUUGCUGAAUCCCCCUUUAAGGACGGUUACGACCUCUCCAUUGGGACGUCUGAGCGAGGGGCCUCGGUGGAUCAGGCCACCCUCCCUCCUUUCAGACAUGCUUUGAUUGUUUUUGGCGGCUUGCAAGGCCUGGAGGCGGGCGUGGAGGGUGACCCGAACUUGGAGGUCACGGACCCGAGCACCUUGUUCGACGCGUACCUCAACACCUGCCCGGGGCAAGGCAGUCGCACCAUCCGGACCGAGGAAGCGAUCCUCAUCUCUCUGUCGGCGCUGAGGCCUCGGAUCGACGAGGCCGUGAAGACCGGCGAGGGCAGCCGCGUGGAGAGCGAAAGCGCUUCGUAAAACGCAGGAAGAGUUAGGGGUGGCGGGCGGACGUCCCAUGGACCGGAUCGUGCUGGGGGGGCAUGUCCCACUCCCUCUUGCUUCUCUUUACAGGGAAGUAAAACCAGGACAGAUCAUCCCUAUUCCUUUUGGGGGGAGCAGAGCCUUCGGAAGGGGUAUCCCCCCCAAAAAAAACCCUUCUAGAACCCAGCGUGCCAGGCCUGUUGAUCUCCCGCCUGCCACGGAGGGAGGGGGACACUGCUCGACGCCUCUCGGGGAGUUUGCAGUGGCCUGCCCACCCCCUGCGCUGUUCAAUGGAGUGGGGGGGGGAGCGUCUUUGGAUCAAAGAACACCAAAACCCUGAAAAUACUCAAUAAAAUUAUUUUAUAAGAACCCCUGGAGUUGUAGAACG